UGGUAAAGGGCAACCGGAAGUGGCUCUUCGGAUGGUUCCGGUGACCAGAGGCGCAACAGCUGGCGCCGGAUCCGACUACCCUCGUCACUGCCUGAGCUAUGGCGGGCACGGCACUGAAGCGGCUGAUGGCGGAGUAUAAACAGUUGACCUUGAAUCCACCAGAAGGCAUAGUAGCUGGGCCUAUGAAUGAAGAAAAUUUCUUUGAAUGGGAAGCUUUGAUAAUGGGCCCAGAAGACACAUGCUUUGAGUAUGGUGUUUUCCCUGCUAUUCUGAGUUUUCCUCUUGAUUAUCCUUUAAGUCCUCCAAAGAUGAGGUUCACAUGUGACAUGUUUCAUCCCAACAUUUAUCCAGAUGGGAGAGUUUGUAUUUCUAUUCUUCAUGCUCCUGGGGAUGAUCCCAUGGGCUAUGAGAGCAGUGCAGAACGAUGGAGCCCAGUACAGAGCGUGGAGAAGAUCCUCUUGUCAGUGGUCAGCAUGCUGGCAGAACCGAAUGAUGAGAGUGGAGCCAACGUGGAUGCUUCUAAAAUGUGGCGGGAAGACAGAGAGCAGUUUAACAAAAUAGCCAAGCAAAUAGUCCAGAAAUCACUUGGGCUUUAAAAAAAGGAAGGAACUGAGACAUUUGACAAUCAUAGUAUUUGAUCUUUUAUCAGACAGACAGAUGGCAGUACUCCAUGUUGAUAGGAAAAAAACAAAUCUUGCAAAAUUGUUGACUGGGUGUCUUAAUAACACACACACCCUCUCUCCCUCCCCCCUUCCCUUUUUCUUUACUCUUUUGAGGGCGGGGUAUCUCCUUCCACCUAAGACAUGUAAGUAACUGCAAUACAAGUGGAUUUAGUCAUAGGAGAAAGGUUGCAGAGUGCUGUGGUUUCUUUGCACUAGUGGAAGCAUUGCAUAGCGUCUGUGUCUCUUCAGUUAUAUUUAUAUUUUCCUAACCCUUUUCAGUGCUUUACUGUGCACUUUCUGGUAAUGGGGUUGAGAAGAUCUAUGAAUUAAUAACUGCCCAGAACCAUGGAAAGCUGCUGAAACACCAUUGGACUCCCUUGUCUGGAAAUGGAGAAAUGCUGUUCUAAGGAUGUCUUACUUCAUAAUUGGAUGUAACUUUUGACGGCCUCAGAUUCUCUCCUCCUUAAGACCGCAAAGCAACCAACCUUGAAGUCAAAUGAGAACAUAGUCCAUAGCUGCUGGACAAGAGUAUUUUGAGAGCAAGUGAAUUACUGUAUCUAAUGGAGGUAAAUCAGAGAAGAAGUGGCCAAUGUAAUCAGUGUCUUGCUUCCAGGUACAGCAAAUGUAAGCCUUCAUGUUGCUACUUUUGAAAGCCUUCAAACACUACUGAGUUCCUCCUGAGACAUUAUUUGAACUUGGUACAACUCCAGAAAGUUUGAUAAAUAAUCCUCAUUUCUAAAAUGUAUUGGUUUCCUUUAACAGCUAUCUCUACGCAUAAGAGAUGCUGGAAAUACCUUGUAUUGCAGCAGAACAGUCUUUCCAAAGUUAAUCUUCAGUCCUCAGCUGACAGCACUUAAACCUAAUGCAAAGAGGCUGUCUUGAAUCUAAUGUCACCCAAACUGUAUUCCUAAUAGAAAUCUGGAGAACAAAAUCAAGUGUGAAUAUUAUUUGAAUUAGCAGGACUUGAUGGUAUUCAACUUCAGUUACUCUUUUAUUUUCCUGAGUGUGCUGUGGGAGGGAAUCUUUAUCUUGGAAGCACUAGACUAA